CCACUAGCGACAGCCCCAGAUUGUCACUCCGUCUGCCCGCCCGCGAGGCACGCCACGCUCCCUAAAGUGUGCUGCGCCGCAGUUCGGGUCAAAGGGCGUUUUGGAUUUACUGAUCUAUUCAAAUUAGUUCUUCUAAGGGAACUCUGCGCUGUUUUUUUUUUUCCAUCCCACGAGAGUCUUGAAAGGGGAAUGUGGACUGAAGCGCAUUAAACUUCCACAAACUGGAUUUAAAUGCCACAGCAUGGCUAGUACGGCUCGAGUUUUAUAUGACUUUUCAGCAGAACCUGGAAACAAUGAACUGACAGUAAAGGAAGGAGAGACUGUCACAAUCACUAAUCAGGAAAUUGGUGGUGGAUGGUUAGAAGCCAAAAACAACAAGGGUGAGGUUGGGCUGGUUCCUGAAGACUAUGUGGAGAUUAUUGUGAGUCCAGCCCCUACUGGAAGUGCUUCAGUAGACUUAUUAGGAUUUGAUGCAUUUUCCACAACAAGUGAAAGCAAUGCAUUUCCUUCAAAUCAGGUGGAUAUUGUUGUCUCUGUAGCACAUUCAGGUGCUCCAGAAAAUUUGAUUCCUCCGGUAGCAGCCCCUGAUCAGGGAAACUGUACCAAUGAUCCUUGGACAACAUGGAAUGCAGAUGCUUCUGGGCAGUCUGCUGAUAGCUGGGGACUAAAGCCAGAGAAACCAGAACCACCAAAAGUCAAUCCAGCAAAUAACUGGAAAACGACUGAAUAUGGACAUCCACAAGCAUACCAGGGCCCAGGGGCUGCUGAUGAUGAUGAAUGGGAUGAUGACUGGUAUGAUAGUAAGCCUUCUGGAGCAAGUGUUGACCCUGAGUCAGGAGAUGCUGGUGGUAUUAAUCGGGGAGCAUCCUCAAUGAAAAUUGCUCUCAACAAACUUCCUGGAUUUUCAAAAUCUGGACCUGAACUAUAUCUUCUGGCAAAACAGUUAACAAAACCAAAAGAAAAAAUAACAAUCUAUGUUGGAGAAGUUGGUCCAUUGUGGUCUUAUCCUGAAUCUCAGCUGGACUGUAUUGUAGCAGACCCUAAAAAGGGUUCUAAAAUGUAUGGUCUUAAAAGCUACAUUGAAUAUCAAGUGACCCCAAGUACAACCAAUAGGCCGGUUAAUCAUCGAUAUAAGCACUUUGAUUGGUUAUAUGAGCGGCUAUUGGACAAAUAUGGGUCAGCAAUUCCUAUUCCGUCAUUGCCAGACAAGCAAGUCACAGGACGUUUUGAAGAGGAAUUUAUUAAGAUGCGUAUGGAGAGGCUACAAGGCUGGAUGACUAGGAUGUGCAGACAUCCUGUUAUUUCUAACAGUGAGGUUUUUCAGCUGUUUCUCAGUUACCGUGAUGAGAAGGACUGGAAAAUGGGGAAAAGAAAAGCAGAAAAAGAUGAAACUGUUGGAGUUAUGAUAUUUUCUACAAUCGAACCUGAAGCAGUGGACCUAGAUCCAAUUGAAGUGGAACAGAAAUGUGAAUUAUUCAGUCGAUUUACAAAAUCAAUGGAUGAUGGAGUGAAAGAUCUACUUAAUGUGGGCCAAGAACACUGGAAAAGAUGUACUGGGGCACUUCCUAAAGAAUAUCAGAAGAUUGGAAAAGCACUUCAGAGUCUUUCAACAGUCUUUUCAACCAGCGGUUACCAGGGCGAAGCCACACUAACAGAUGCCUUAACAUAUGCUGGCAAAACAUAUGAAGAAAUAGCAGGCUUAGUUGCUGAACAGCCCAAAAAAGAUCUGCACUUUUUAAUGGAAACCAACAAUGAGUAUAAAGGACUCUUGGGUUGCUUUCCUGAUACAAUUGGAGUCCACAAGGCAGCAAUAGAAAAAGUUAAAGAAGGUGAUAAACUGAUUGCUGCAAAUAAAAUAACUCAGCAAGAGAAGAUGGCCAUGGCUAAACGUUUGAGCACAAUGUCCUAUGCUCUACAAGCGGAGAUGAAUCACUUCCAUAGUAAUCGCAUUUACGACUAUAACAGAGUGAUGCAGCUCUAUUUGGAGCAGCAGGUUAAAUUUUAUGAAAUGAUUGCUGAGAAGCUGAGGCAGGCCCUCGGCCAAUUUACUACUAUGUAGAGAAACAUCCUGCAAUGAGGAAAGAGCCUUGGAGGGAUUUAUUGCUUGUUAUUUCAUCCAUGUGCACAAAGAAAUGGUUUCUUCAGUGAUUUAAGAUUAAAUAAGAUUCAUCAAUAAGUUAGAUAUACUGACAUUGUGGCAAUUCCUUAUUGGUUCCUCAUCUUAUAGCAAUCAUUGGAUUGGAAGGCUUUUGCUUAUAAAUGCUGGUGAAAAGCUGUGUACAUUAUACUUAGCAUUAGGCUGUAACACUUUUGACAGAGAAGAUAUUUGAACAUAUUUUUUUCAUUGGAUUUUUUUAUCAUAAUGUUAUAUCUAUUUUUAAUACAGUGAAUUGCAAGUCAGUAAUAGUAUGCCUUAAUCCAAAAACUCCUGUAUGUGAUUGUUUUCUUACUGAUAUAAAGAAAUUGGUUUUUGAUCUAAUCAUUUAGAUGCUAAAUUUGAAAGAAAAAUUACACUAAAUGCUUAAUAAUAUCAGGAAAAGAUGAGAUCACAUUCUCUAAGUUACUAUUGAUAUAUAUAAAUGCUGCCUGAGUUUUUAAUAUUUUUUCAGUAUUUGCAUAAUGCUUAAUAUUUUGUACAAUAGAAAAAGAAAAAAAUGCCUGGAGCUAAAGCUACUAUAUUUUAUCCUUUCAGGGGUAUUUUAAAGGAUUUGCAAUUUCAGAUUCACAAAAUUCAGUAUCAUCCAGGUAAUUUUCUACAUGACAAAGGCUGAAGAAAAAUUAUAUUUAAACCCAUGUCAGCCAAAACUGCUCAUUGAAAGGGUAUAUUAAAAGCAGUUGCUGCCCAUUUUCUGAUUAUUUUAUAAUUUAAGCUGACCUGUGACACUCCCUUUGCAUCUAAUAUUUCUGUUUAUGAUUUUUAUGAGACUUCAACCAUGAUAAAAGCUUUAAAUUAUACAGAUUAUCUACCUUAUUAAAGAAUUUUCUUUCACAGGAGGGUAUACUUGAAUGUAAAAUGUAUAAACUUUCCUAAUUUUAAAAUUACAGCAUUAAUCUUAUUUCUAGCAUAUUGCCGUUGUAUUACAAAGUUAAUCAAUACAUGAUCUAUUUAUUAAAUAAUCAAAGUAUACCAAGGCCAUACUACUUCUUGGAAAAUCAGUGUUGCAUGGACUCCCACAAAGUUACAAUUUUGUUAUGUCUUAAAGUAUAACAUUUACGGCACACAAAAAGCAAAACAAUGUAACUGUGCUACACAUUUUGUUAUUAACCUCUAAAAUUCAAAGUUUCAAGUAUUUUCUGGACAGUCAUCUUAGCCAUUAUAUGUGAUAGCUAUUUUUAAAGUAAUUAAAAGUAAUUAGUAUAACACAGAAGUAAUAUUUUGUACUUUUUGAAGUUUUUAAAAUAAUCCACCCAUAAUAUAAAUAUGUUCAGUUAGUACAAUGAGGAAAAGUUUAUUUUAAUUGCCCAUAUCAAGUUGCACUGCCACUUCAUGAGAGAUGGGCAUAAGGUUCCAAGAUGUCCCAUUUUUUAUCUGACGUAUAAGAUGAGCCCUCCAUUUGCUUGGGGCCUCUAGUUUGAUAGCAAAGGCUAUGCAGUCUCUUUUUGUAAACAAGUUUGCUUAAUAGAAUAUUUUUUGUCUUGAUGGAAACAGCUUGCAAAAAGUUUAUCCUUUGAAAAAUGAUUGUAACUGACAUUAGGUGAAAGAAAACCAUGUCUGGUGUUAAAGUGAUUUUUAAACAAGUCUUUAUUAACAGGGGCAAGAAGGAGCAGUAUCUUCAUGUACUACAGAACUUAGAUCUGCCUGCAAAACAGUAACAAAAAAAGAUUUUUGUGAACAGCAUAAGCUAACAUAUUUUUGCACCUCUUUGAUUAUACUAUAGCAGGGAAUAUGUGUAUCGUAUUUACUGGCAAGAUAAUCUGACAUUAGUAAAGCAAUAGGAUUUUACUUUCUUGAAGUAUAAAAUACAGUACUCAUAAAUAAUGAAUAAAUAGGUGUUGGGAACAUUCAAGAAAGUAAACUGUGGAAGUAUGAGUAAAAAAUGUGGCAUUUGCUUUUGACGUCAGUCCUGCUUAAAAGAUAAACGUUUUUUACAUUUGUGGCUUUAAUCUAAAGGAACGCGAAAAAUAAAAGCCUGAUUUUACUCUUCAGGAAGUUAAAAUCAGACCCAGCUUAUCAUUCCAUUGCUUAGCAGUGAGGUAUGCAGUGAAGGAAUUCAGUUAUUUUUAAUUAUUUAAUGCAUGUGUCAUGCUGUUGUCUGCAUUGCAUUCUGAAUAUAAAAAACAAGUUAAUAGUGCAGUUUUAACUAAUACUGAAUGUCAAAAUGAUUUUCUUGAACAAACAUAUCUUUAGAGGCAACACAGUUAGUUUACACCAUGCACAAUACGGCGUGUCAAAUAAUGCUGAAAUAUCUUUAGAGGCAAUACAGUUAGUUUACACCAUGCACAAUACGGCGUGUCAAAUAAUGCUUAUUUCAGACAAGGAGCUGUAUCUUCUCCUUCUUUCUGUGUUGUCCACAAAAUCUGAAAUUUGGAAAUGGCUAGAUUUUAGUGUUGCAUACAGAGUGUGUCUAAUGUUAGGUAUGUGUCAAAUCUCACAUACAGUAUAACAUUCAUAUUUAUAUUAUUAUUUAUAAUGUCAUGUGAAAAAUGGGGGAAGCCGAAUCAUCUUUAUUCUAAAUUCAAAAAGCAUCCCCUGUUUUACAUUCAUUUAUUUUUCUGAUCCAAUGUAAACAAUCUCUAUGGAUAUACUUAUGAACACUACAAUGAUGAUUGAACCAGUUCAGGACAAUUUGUAUUUUUUAUACUGAUGGGUCUCUCAGGGGAACACAGAAACCCAAUUCAAAAAUUUGACUAAUAAACAAAUACAAAUACAAAUCUCUGAGCAUCUUUGCCUCUUACUUCUUUGAUGCUACAUGUAAUGCAAGGCUGCAAGAAGUUAAGCACUUAAAAACAAAAUUUCUUGCAUUUUGAAAAAAGUGUAUUUUUUAAACUUACACUUGUUGAGUAUUUGUAUAAUGUAUAAUAUUUUACAGCAUAUUUCAUUAUCUUCCAUAUUUAAAUAAUUAAGCAACUGAAUUUCUUACUUCUUUGUUGAGACAGGUGUUUUGAUUUGUAUCUGUUUACUAACACAAUCUUAGCAAAGUUAGAGGAAAAAUAUAAUAAAUUAUGCCAAAGAUUUAUCUGCCCAAUUCUUUUCCAUAAAUGCAUUCUAUCUGUGUAGUUUACAUGUACUUUGAAAGAUGUGGUCAAAAUAUUUCAUUUUUUUAUGCUUUUUUUUGAGAUAAUAAAAUAUUCUUAUACUUCAGAAUAAUAGGAAAUUACCUUGGGAGGCUCUGUGUAUACACCAUUCUAUUAUUAAUAUAUGAUCAUUUCAAUGUAUUAGGUAAAUUUAUAUUUUACAUAUGUAUGCAAAUUUUGAUAAGCCUAAAACAUGUUAUAAUUAGGUUAAGGUGUUUACGCGUUAUUGUGAAGGAAGAACAUUCAUAUAGCCAACCUAUUUAUAAAAAGAAUUAUGUGCUCAAAGAUGAUGAUAUGUGUCUGUCAAUUGAAAAAAAAAUUAGUAAUGCAGUUAGAAUGAUUUAAUGUUAAAGAGAGAACAACUGUUGCAAUUAUUAGUAGCAUUGUGUAUAUACAUAUUGUUAAAAACUAUACAUAAAUUAUAUUAUACAUGCAUAUUGGUAUUUUGUUGGGUGGUCUUCUGCUAAAUAAAAAACCUUACCAUGUGAGGAUGUUGAAUCUAGACAUGAGAGCCUUGGGUCUAGGUUUUCUUAAAUAAAUUCAAGUUAAGCGUAAAA